AGCCACAUUAACCAGGCUUACAGUGACCGAGGAACCCUUGUUCAGAUUUUCUGCUCACUAUUUUCUUUGUAGAAGUAGUAAUAUGUGGUGUUUUUUGAGGUAGACCUAUUUGGGAUACACUUUUACGCGCUAAACUUGAGAGUGGAUAUCAAUAUAGAGGGUUGAGGGUUUAGUGUUUGGCUUUUCAUUCCCCCCUUAACUUUUCUUCACGGUCAACGCCGCCGUUAUGUUCUCAAUCUUGUACGGAUUUUUAUGUUUUUGUUUGCUGGGCUGUGGGCCACUAGCGAGCGGCCAGCCGGACGAUGGAAAGCGUUAUAUCUGCCGGGCAAUACCCCUCAGCGGCGAUGCCAGUUGCCCUGUGACAUUAUUACCGGAGCUCAACGCUGGGAGCCAGGAAGAGGAGCUCAGAAAUACUGUCAUGCAGCUACGAGAGACAAUUUUACAGCAGAAAGAAAAUAUUUCCAAACAGCAGGGCACCAUCAACGAGCUAACCACCAAGCUUUCCCUCUGCGCCUCAGCCACCGACGAUAAGAAGUAUGACAAGGGUUCAUGGGGUAAAGAAAAGCAAAAUACCAUGGGGGAUGUUCCCAGAGAUCCAAAUGACAGCAUCGACAGUCUUGGAAAAACCAUGCAAGGGCUCAAGGACCGGUUGGAGAACCUUGAGCAACAGCAGACACGGGCCAACAUUUCCGGAGCCGCGUUCCCUACUGAGCUCCGCAACCUGCUGCAGCGCCGGCUUGGGGAGCUGGAGAAACAGCUCCUGAAGAAAGUCAGCAACCUGGAGGAGGAGAAGACCAUGCUGUCCAAUGCCACAGCCGCCUACAGGCUGAAGACUGAGAGCACGCUGAACGCCCUGGUGGAGAGGAUCAGUGAGCUGGAGAAAGGGGGAGGAGAUUUCAAGUCCCCAGAGCAGUUCAAGCUUUCCCUCCCCCAACGGACCAACUACCUGUACGGCCGUUUCACCAAGACACUGCCAGAGAUGUACGCCUUCACACUCUGCAUGUGGAUCAAGUCCAGCGCCAGUCCUGGCAUAGGGACGCCCUUCUCUUAUGGUGUACCAGGCCAAGCGAAUGAGAUUGUGCUGAUCGAAUGGGGCAAUAACCCAAUAGAGCUGCUCAUCAACGACAAGGUAGCCCAGCUGCCUUUAGAGGUACGUGAUGGAAGGUGGCACCACAUCUGCAUCUCAUGGACGACACGGGACGGCCAAUGGGAGGCCUACCAAGAUGGAGAGAAGCUGGGAACUGGCGACAGCCUGGCGGCUUGGCAUCCCAUCAAACCCGGCGGAGUCAUCAUCCUGGGACAGGAGCAGGACGUGAUGGGCGGCCGCUUUGAUGCCGGACAGGCUUUCGUGGGCGAGCUGAGUCAGGUGAACAUUUGGGACCGCAUUCUGAAGCCGGUCGAGGUCCAGUCUAUGGCUAACUGCAGUUCUUAUAUCCCUGGGAAUGUGAUCUCCUGGCUAGCAAGCAAUGUUGAAGUGUUCGGGAGGGGAGCAUUCAAGCGGCCCUUGGAGAUGUGUCAGGAGCGACUGCCCAACGCUUAAACCUCGUCUGUCUGCCUCUCUUUAGAUUAGCUGGUGUUUCCAUCCAUUCAGCAUUUUUUUAUUGUCUGCUCUUACCAUUGGGCAGUUUAUGGAUGUUAAUUUUAUACAUUGAUGUGUAACAAUUGUGUUUUAUCUGCUAUGCACAGAAAGAUAUUUCAGAUGUGUGACCCAGGUGGGAUCUCUCAAAAUUAAAUGUGUGCACUCACGUGAUAGAUCUGUACCUGUGACCCACAAAAGUUCAAUUUGUUAUGUGCAGGCCGAACACUAUCAUUGACUGGUGGAUGUUUCAUUUCUCGUGGCAAUCAGAGAGCCACGUACCAACAUUUCUGUCUUUCCCAUUAUUAAGGUACUUCAGUCUGUCACACCCACCUCCAUGGUAAAAGGUCCCCUCAGACAUUGAUGCUAAGACAUAGAAUACCCCAUUCCCACACACACUUCCCUCCACACUCAAAAACUUUGAAAAAAUGAAAUAAUUAGGAAAAAUCCACUCAAGCCACAGGCACACACGUGUACUGCUACUACUGCAAACACACUGAGGUGCAGACAUAGCUGACAGUUUGGCACUGACAUGUGAGUUGGUGUUGCGUGCUGUGUGGGAGUGAGUAGCAGGAAAGAUUAAAGGUCUGGCUACUGUUAUGUCUGUUCCGUAACCAGGGAAUGGGCUUAGAGCCAACAUCAGUCAAACCUCUGAUCUUCAAAUGCUGGGUCAUUUUUAAGAGGAAUGUAACUGGAGAAGUGACACUUUAUCUGUUACGUGGUAUUUUCUGGUAGUGAGAGCAUGGACUUAUACUUCUGUUGAUUUAGUUUUCCAGCUUACGCAGUAGUUAGUGAAAAUGGCACCUUGUUGGAAAGCUUUAUUCUUGGCAUGAAUAACUGAUACCAGUGAUACUAGUGACUCUAUCACAGUGCUUUUUUUCCAUGCCUUUUUCACUUGAACAAAACCUGUUUAGAUGGUGAAUCAUAUUGAAAAUAUAUUCAUAGCUUCAGUGUUGUGAAAUAUUUUUACUUGUGAUUUGUAAUAUUGUUGCAGUGUAUUGUCUAACUGAGCAUUCAACAGAAGGUUAAAACUAUCAGAACUUUCAAGAAUAUAUUUUGAAUGUUUUUGUUAGUUUGUUGUUCUAUAUGCAGUGUAAUUUCCCAUUAUUUAGUGUCUCUGUCCAGAAAAGUUUAAUAUUUUUCAUGUAAGCUCAUGUUUAAGGCAUUGUGCAUCUUGUCUUGUGGCCUUCUUAUGGAGACUUAAGUGCCAAUAAAUGUUUCCUAAGUGUAUCCUAAAUUAUUUACUUUGCCAACAAAUGAAAAUGUGAAAAUAAAGGAAAAUCACUGCAAUAUGAA